CAAUACUCAAACAAGACAAGCAGGAAGUAAAAUACAGCUCAUGCGUAUCAAACAGCCUUUACACUGAGCCCAGUGCUGAAGAUGACAAGCAGCCAGCUUGUUUCUUCCCCGUCGAGAGACAUGGCUCUGAUCCUGAGGAUGACCCUGCUGCUGGGUAGUGUCAACUUUAUUCAUUGUUUACCAUCCAAUGUUACCUGCAUGCCAUGUGUAUGCACUGUAACUGCAAAGGAUGGGAUCAUCGCCGACUGUUCGAACAAAAUGUUGAAAAGUGUUCCCAAAAACAUCUCAUCCGCUGUAUCAACUCUCCUUAUGUCUAACAACAGCAUCGAACUAGCAGCACGAUCUUUUGACAGGUUCUCUUUUAUGGAAUACCUGGAUCUGUCUGACAACGCCCUGACUUCUCUGAAUGUUGAUAGUUUUGUGGGAGCUGCAAAUUUGAAACGCUUGAACCUUCAUGGAAACAGGAUUCUUCUGAACAGCAAAAGUUAUCCAAAGGGAGCUUUUCGACAACAGAAAAAGCUGCAUACUUUGGAUAUUGCUGGAAAUACCGAGGACUUAGAUGCAAAGUACCCCGAUGCAUGUCUGGGCGAUUUGGUGGCUCUUCGGACACUGAUCAUUGAUGGUGUAAAGAACGCCAUAUUUGGUAAAGGGUUUGCGAAACUAAAGAAUCUCACAACUCUUAUCUUGUCAGGAAAACGGGGACAUUGUUCGAUUUAUACACUUUAUAAUGAAUCCUUCCUGAAUACUCCCAAUGUAAGGCACCUGGAUAUCAGCUACUGUGGUGUUUCAUUUAUUGAAACCAACGCAUUUGGGCCAAUGAGGAACAUAGAUAUGCUUGACCUUUCUCACAAUCAUGGGCUUGGCUUUGAAACACUUGGUAACUCUCUGUUCGGGCUGCAGUUUUCACCUCUGAGGGUUUUGAAGUUUAACAGCAUCAUGAAACCAUUUGCUAUCGGUGUUGAAUUGAAAGGAGAUCAUUUACGAUAUAUAGACAAUUUGACUCUUACAGAAUUACACUGUGACGCAAACAGAAUUGAGCUUUUGGAUGCAGAGUGUGCCAAAAAACUACGCAAAGUUCAAAUCGUAUCAGCAAAGAGUAAUAGGUUCACAUAUGGACAGUAUUUACUAAACCUUGCAGUAAUGACAAAUCUUCGUAAAAUAUAUCUGAUGAACCAGUAUCCAUCAGACCCAUUACAAGGGGACAAGGCUGUCCAUGGUGAAAGAACUCAUUUGACGCCUAUGAAUAGUGUGAAGAAGAAGACUGAAUUGACACAACAGCCAGCAACUUCCCAAAGUCCUCCGCAGCAAAGACCUGUUCCUCAUAACGACAUCAACAUUGUCAGCUUUCAGACUGAGAACAAUUCUAGGAUAGAUGAACAGUUACAAAAGAACAUAAUGACAGUUGAAGUCACUGAAAUAGAAACAAUUCCCGUUCUUAAUAGCAUACCUCCCAAUGUCACAUUUGUAAAUUUAAGCCAUAGUAGGUUCGAUUAUUCCAUUAAUGAAAUAGGAUUCUAUCCCAAUCAAGUAAAGGUACUGGAUUUGUCUCGGAACAGCUUUACAGGAUUGGUAGGUCCUAUUCAUGGCGUUGAUUCUCUUGAAUUCCUUGAUUUCACUGAUAAUAACUGUAAGUUACUUUCCCCUACGUUCUUGAUGUACGCAUCUUCCCUAAAAGUCCUUAACAUAAGUAAAAAUUACCUAUAUCAAUCACUUAAGUCGGAUAUUAAGGGUCACAUAUUUUUCAACCUAACAAAUUUAGAAAUACUGAGAAUUUCCAAUAAUCUCAUUCUUGAUUUACCAUUACCUAUAUUCCAAAGACUUAACAAUCUACAGAUUCUUGAUUUGAGCUGGAACAUGAUGGAGGCAUGGACUGUUAUAAUCAGCCACAUGUCGUUUCUCACCUCUUUGGAUUUGUCAAACAAUAGAUUUGAGUAUGUCCCAAAAUCUCUUACAGAUCAAAUUAAUCUUAUAAUGAAUUUGAGAAACGACACAUUUCACUUGAACAUCCAGGGCAACGAUCUAAUAUGUGAUUGCAGUACACUUGAGUUCUUAGAAGCACUAUCGGAGUCCCGCAUUUCCAUCGACAGACCUGAUGAUACGAGGUGUCGGUUAAACAAUGGAGAAAGAAUGAAAUUUAACAACAUUAAAAACAUUGUAUGGAGGCUGCAGAAACAGUGUAAAACAGUUGUUCCAUUGUUAGCCGCAACACUGUCUGGAGUUGUAGCCUUCAUGCUGAUAGUUGCAGCUGGUAUAAUUUACCGUUAUCGGUGGAAGCUACGUUACCUGUACUACACUACAAGACGCAAAUACAGGGGAUACCAGAGACUAGGGGAAGGGGAGGACAAUUUCACCUACGAUGCUUUUGUUUCAUAUGCUGAUGAAGACAGAGGGUUUGUUGUAGAGGACAUGCGUAACAUGCUUGAGCGACACCAUGGCUUGAGACUCUGCAUACACCAUCGGGACUUCAUGGUUGGGGAAGCCAUAACUGCCAACAUCAUGAACGCGGUUCAGUCGAGCAGGAAAACCAUCGUUGUCCUGUCUUCUAACUUCCUGAAAAGUAAAUGGUGCGACUAUGAGGUCCACAUGGCCAAGCUGGAGAGCAUACACACCGGAAGGGACGUCCUGUGUGUCGUGUGGUAUGCUGAACUGCCUGACAACAGUAGUCUGAGUCGAGACUUGCAGGAUGAGGUUCAGUAUGGUACCUAUAUCAGGUACCCGACAGCUGAGGAUGAGAAAUUAGAGUUCUGGGAGAACCUCAAGGCAGCAAUAAGUUAUUAAACAUUCCCAACUCAAAGCUGUCAACUGUCAACGGUGUGAGAAAACAUACUUUUGAAUUUAUGCACCGUCUUAGUUCCAAGGUAUCACGAGACACACAAAUGACAUACAUCUUGAAUGUGUUGAUGUGCCAUGGUGUGCACACAAUCACAAAGCUUAACAUGUUUAUAACAUGUAUGUAAAUAACAUAAACUGAUAUAAUCUAUAUAUUUUUAUUCAAUGUAUAUUUUUAAUAUUUGGUUGCAAUCAGUUCAUCUUUAUAACACUAGAGCUAUAUUGAUGUACGCUGGUAUCAUAUUUACAUAUAUUCAUAUUACAUUAACGUGGUGGCACGUGGUCACAAAUCGGGUGAAGUUAACCAACGUCGGUCACGGAGAGUCCUUGGAUGGGUGACCGCCUUCGGCAGGCUUCGGUUCUGAAGCACAUGUAGCAUAUGUGGUGUCGCCUUGCGCGAGUGAUUUUGUUCGAAUUGUGCCUCUAUCAACCCAGCAGUGAAUGAGUACCCGGUAGGAUGAUAUGGUAAAUAUGGCAUAUAUGGUAAUGUGGUUGUUAAUCUUCUAGCGCCCAACAGGUAGCUUUGGUUGUAUACUCCACAGGGAGCUGAACAUGAUUGUUCAAUGCACACUGAUCCAUUGAUCGGGGUAAUAAAUGUCUGUUCGCUUAGAGUAUGCUUAUGCAUGGAGUACAGCGGCAUAUAAAUGGACUACUACUACUACUACUACUACUACUACUACUACUACUACUACUACUACUACUAAUCAUUAUUAUUAUUAUUAUUAAGGUGAUGACUUGUUAUAGUGUGUGAGAAUAUGUGAAGACCAUUUCUGGUGUCCCCCCCGCCUUGAUAUUGCUGGAGUGUUGCUAAAAGCUGGCGUCAGAUCACUCACUCAGUCACUAAUAAAGUGAGUUAGUGAGUCAUGGUACGUCGUAUCAGCUUGAUGUGAGGAAAAAGCCCGAAAGGGCAUGUCGUUUUGUUGAAACCCACAAGCGGGGUGCUAACAACGGGAAACACAAUCAGAGCGAACCCGGUUACGAACCACUCUUUCUUGUUCGCCUAAGGGACGCAACUCUGCAUGGCCCGUGUAAAGAGGUAAUGGGGCGUAUACGUUACUACAAAGCCUUUUGUUAGUAUCAGGGGCUUGUGUUUUGUAAUUGUACAUAAUAUUACUAAUCACGAUGUAUUCAUACGUAUGCAAUUAUUAUUUUCGAGUUGACUUACUUUUUCAUGGUCGUAUAUUUGUGUUUCACGCAUUUGCUUUAUGAUUCUGAAAAACGUAUUCAUGAUGGGUCGGAAUCGUACACUGCUUUUGGGACAGAUUUCUUAUAAUUAGGGAAAUAUUUUUGUCGCUUUUAAUGUAUUAAAAUUAUUUGCUUUUUUCGUUAAUAUUAAAAAUACGUUAACCCUUAAUGGUAGAAGUUUGGUCACGGAAACCAUUAGUAUUGCGAAGUAAAUAUAUUGAGCUUUCAGGUAUGUUGAGUAAGUUUUUAAAUCGGAGAAAAGAAUUUAUUCAGCACAACCAGACCGCCUGCGUGAGUCAUGUUUAGCCAUAACUUAAAAGUGUUUCAAAAUUUAGAGGACAACAUUUUAUUUUUAUCCAUCUCGAUGUAUCAUUAAUCAGUCUCCCUCUGAUGCAUGUACAUGUAGAAAUCUUGGAAUUUAGGUGCUUCAUGCAAUGAUUUUGAGAAACUGUAAAUUGCAUGAACAUAACAUGUAUUACUCUCUCCAUCUCUCAAAUGUGACAUUUUUCAACACAUGCGAUGGCCUCCUCGCAUUUCUUGAAUAAACCACUUCUUCUACAA